AUGAAGGCUCUUCUGGGCGAGUUGAGAGCGGCACAGCUUCCUGCAGGGACAUCCAGUGGCACCUUUCUCCCGUACUCUGCUCUGACGGAAAUAGUCACCAAGCAGGUAGUCACGAACAUUCUAGCUCGUCGAAAGAGCAGAUCCCAAGAGACAAUAUCGAAGAUUGCCUCAUUUGUUUGUGGAAAGCCUGAGGCAAGAAGAGUGUUUGCGAUUCUUAUUUACAUUGGCCAAGUCAGGUUGAUUGAACUUUUCUACGAGCACAACUUUGUUGAUUCUAUUCUACCCCUCUAUAUUGACGCUAGUGGCACCGUGAGGACAUGGACCAACCAGAAAUGCAACUCUGAUAUCACCAGAAAGGUCUUUUCUGACGAUGUAUGGGGAGAAGAGGUGGUACCUGAUAUCUUUUGCGACGCCCAGUGGCAAUUUCUCGGGCCCAUCUUCAGCGAGCGUCAGUUCAGUUACACAUUUCUCCCGGAACAUCGCAUGCCGUUUCUGAAGCAAUCAGGCGGGCAUAGAGAAAGUCAUUUCAGCACGGUGGGAAAGUGGUCCAUUCAUCGAUCUCAUUUCAAGACAAGCUCGAAACUCGGCUUAUCGGUUGAUAAAGAUGGCCAUCCGAUUGUAGCAGUGAAAGAGUUGAAAAGUGUCAACAUGAACGACAGCGAGUACAAGCGCGCAGCCGAGACCGAAGCCGAUGUUCUGGAAAUGAUACGAGAAAUGGAACACGCACAUCUCAUCAAGGCGAUCGCCUUUUACACGAGAGCCGAUCAAUAUUUUAUUGUUUUCCCGUGGGCAGGGGGGGGCAAUCUCCGAGACUACUGGGGAAGGGAGCCUCCUCGCAAGCUCGAUGGGGACUUUGUCGGAUGGGUUCUUGGCCAAAUCUGUGGCCUAGCUGGUGCGAUAAAGAAGCUUCAUUCAGCAAAGGACUCCACAUGCCGACACGGGGAUUUGAAGCCCGAGAAUAUUCUUUGCUUCGAAGACAACAAAAGCUCCGAUCCGUUUGCUCAACCAUUCCUUGUCAUUGCGGAUGUUGGUCUAGCCAAGGUUCAUACUCUCGCAACCGAAAUGCGCAACGAAGCUACACGUACAUUGAACGGAACGGUCAUGUACGAGCCACCGGAAGCUGUACUGCUGCUGACGAAGAACCGACCUCGAUCACGACGAUACGAUAUUUGGUCCAUCGGCUGUAUCUACUUCGAAUUCCUCAUUUGGCUUUUUACGUACGUUUACCCAUACUGGUGUAAAGCUGUGCGAUCCUGGCUGAUGAUUUCCGCGGGGUAG